CUCCGGCCAGUUGCCGUUGAGGCUCCGUGGUGUGAAGACGUACGCAUCUCACUCUCGGUGAACUUGCCACUCGCUCGCUAGUGAAACUUUCGUCGCGCACCGUAGACUUUGGAAGGAUAUCUUUUUCGAACAUUUGGUUUUCAAGUUGGGUUUUCGUAACUUUUUAAAAUUUUUCUUUUGUGCUGUUCAUAGUUUGGAUGUUGACAGUUUACUUCGAGGAUUCAUAAGUGACGGUGACUUUUUUUUUACGUGGCUCUCCAAGAAGAUGGAUUCCUGAAAGUGACAUGACGAAGUGAGCGGAAGAAAAAAACAUGAGAGGAAAAUAAAUAACAUGAUCUGAAAAUAGAUGUUGUUUAUCGAUAAAGAUACGAGUUGUAAUGGCGGCAUAAACACCGUUAGAAAUAAAUUAACUCGGUAUUCAGGCCACAAUAACGACUAUUUGAGGCAAGAAAGUGUUACGACUCACCGAAGGACGACCAUGUUUCUGGCAGAGGAGCGAGUUGUCUUAGACACCUGCCUCUGAGGGCCUCUUCCCCCCACCCCCCCUCUCCCCUACCCCUUACGAGCCACGACGACCUGCUACGACUCGCCACGACCUGACGCCAUGCAGCUCCUCACCACCAGGCUCGUGGCGACUCUCCUGCUCUGCCAAAGUGUUACUUCGGAGUACCAGCGUUUCCGCGAGAUUCCGGAGAGCGUGGAGGUGGCCGAAGGGGAAAACGUGUUCCUUCGCUGCGCAGUGGAGAACCAGCAGGGCAAGGCGCAGUGGACGAAGGAUGGAUUCGCGCUCGGAUUCGAACGCCACGUCCCCGGCUACCCCCGCUAUACCUACGACGGAGACCCGAGCCAAGGGGAGCACCACCUCGUUAUAACGGGCGUCACCCUAACCGAGGACGGCGAGUACCAAUGCCAGGUCGGACCCACCAAUGCCAGCCCACCAAUCUGGGCCGCUGCGAACGUCACCGUUCUGUUGCCGCCCACGAGCAUCACCAUCGUGGGCUGGGGCGACGGGGCGGAGGUUCAGGUCGCCGCGGGCACGUCCUUGACCCUCGAGUGUCUGGUAGCUGACGCUCGACCGCCGCCCAAGGCCGAGUGGUUCCGCGGUGGCCUCUUGGUGGAUCCGGCCCUGCAGGAGGACCAGGUGGAGGCGUCGGCCCUGCCCCGCCGCUGGAGCCUCCGGAGCCAGCUGGAGGUGACGGCCCAACCGGAGGACGACGGGAGGGACUUCUCGUGCCAGGCCCUCCACCCCACCCUCAGCGCCUCCCCCACCGCCCUCAUGGCCUCCAUCACGCUCUCGGUCUUGCACCCGCCGGGGCCGCCCGCCAUCAGCGGCUACGCCUCGGGCGACGUGCUGCGCGCCGGGGAGCGCCGCACGCUCAGCUGCCACGUGAAGGGCGGCAACCCGAGGGCGUGGGUGCUGUGGUACCGGCGGGGGACGCUGGUGGACGACACCUCCAUCGCGGACGGCGCCGGCGUCACCAACGCGCACGAGCUGGCGGUCACGGCGGACGAGGACGGCGCCGUGUACGAGUGCAGCGUCACCAAUGACGUCAUGGACCGCUCGCUCGUCGCCAACGUCACGCUCACCGUCUACUACGCUCCAGCCUCCGUGACCAUCACCGGCGUGUCCGAAGUGGAGGCGGGUUCGACCUUCUCGCUCACCUGCGAAACGAGCGAUUCGAACCCUCCUGCUUCGCUCACCUGGAUCGUGGCAGGCGAGGUCAUAGAGACAACGAAAUCCGUGGUGGGGAAGGACAGCACAGGCGGCUGGGUGACCUCGUCUGAGCUCCUGAACUACCAGGUCAAAGGUCGAAAUGCAACCGAGGUCAUCGUUGAGUGUAGGGCUAUUAACCCCGCCAUCGAUGAGGUGGUGAAGAAGGCGAAGGUCGUCACCAUUACAAGCCCCCCAGGUCGUCCAAUGUUCGAGCAUGACCUCGAGCGGGAGGUCAUAUCCGGGACGACGGUUGACCUGACCUGCCUCAGCAUCGGGGGUCAUCCGCCUCCUGCUAUCAGCAUCUUCAAGAAAGGAGAGCGCAUCGCCACGGAGGUGACCCACGACGGCAACGUGACCCGGGCGAGGGCAGAGGUCGAGGUCACGCCCGUGGAUAACGAGGCCAAGAUAGCGUGCGAGGUCACCAACCCUGCCACCAAGGACCCUCUAGCUGUGUCCGUCACGCUCACCGUACUUUUCGCCCCGUGGGACGUCACCGAGUCGGCCUCCCCCCCCACGGUGGAGGAGGGGGAGGUCGUGAGCCUGACCUGUGAGACGUCCCCCGCCCUCCCCCCCGCCAACAUCAGCUGGUCGUCCGAAGGGGCUCCUCUGCAGGGGGGCGUCAGCGAGACUCUGCCAGGGGCCUUCGGGGGAGCGAAGACCAGGUCGGAGUUGGAGCUGACAACGACAGCCGAAGACAACGGAAGACUGUUUACCUGCCUGGCUGACAACGGCAUCAGGCCCUCGGUCAAGAAGGACAUAACACUCCAUGUCUUACAUGCCCCGAUCUGGGUCGUAAAGCCUCCCGCGCAGAUGCAUGCGUACGAGGGCGCCAAUCUGGUCAUCACAGCCACAGCCUCAGCCAACCCAGGUCCUCCAAGCUACUGGUGGCGGCGCGGGGAGGAGACGCUGAAGGCGGAGACGGGGGAGCUGCACCUCGGCAGGAUCACCCGACAGCACCGAGGGAACUACUCCGUCAGCGCCUACAACCCGAGGGGCGCCAUCAACGCCUCCUUCAGCCUCGACGUCCAGUACGGCCCCGAGAACGUGCAGGCAGCGGAGCGGGUGACCGUGGGCGAGGGCGGGGCAGCGACGGUGGAGUGUUCAGCGACCGCCAACCCGACGCCCACGCUCACUUGGACGAAGGACGCCCACAUGCAGAACACGACGGCGCAGACCCUGAGCACGGGCGAGGGCGUGGCGAGGCUGGUGAUCGACGAGGCGACGUGGGCGGACACGGGCGUCUACCUCUGCCACGCCUCCAACGUUGUGGCUUCCGCGCCGCCCGUCAAGACUAAGGUCAUCGUCACUCAGGGCGUGAAGGUGGCCUCCGAGGUGGCUGGCUCGAGCGGGUCGUGGGCGGCCAUCGGGACGAAUGGGCGCCUCAUCUGCCGCGUGCGAGCCGCCCCCGCGCCCUCCUUCGCCUGGAGCACCAAGGACGGCCACGCCCUCCAGAACAGCGAGAAAUUCAACAUCCACGAACCGCAGCUCGUAGACGGCCUGGUCCUGUGGGCGUCCGUGCUGGAGAUACGCCACGUCACACGCCCAGACUACACCGUCUACCUCUGCACCGCCCACAACGUCCUCGGAUCGGGCACGGCCACGCUCACCCUCAGCCCGCCCGCACGCCCACACCCGCCAACCAACCUCAGUGUAAUCAACGUGACAUCAGUGGCCGUGUCUCUCGCCUGGACCCCCAACUUUGACGGUGGAAUGCCCAGGGGUUACACGGUGCGGUACAGAGCCACCAGCGCUGCGGAGUACCAGAUGGUGGACAUCUCAGGCGGCAACACGGCGGGGACGACCCUGGGCGGCCUGCAGCCUGCCACCGAGUACUACUUCACGGUGCAGGCCAAGAAUGACCAAGGGAGGUCGGAGUUCAUCGCCCCCGCGCUCUCCGCUAACACCUUGGGCGUGGCAGGCGACCCGAGCACGAUGGUGGGCGGCGCCUCCCGUGUCCCGCGCCUCAUCCUGCUCAUCAUGACGCUGACGGGGGCGGCGCUGCUCGUCCUCAACAUCGCCAUCAUCGCCUGUUUCGUGCGCCGCCGCUCCGGAACCAGAAACACGUCAGCCUCCUCCUCCACCAAGACGGUCGCUUUGGACGCCUACGGAGUCACGCCCGCGUCGACGCCAGGCGCCGCCCACAGUGAGGUGCUGCUCUCCCUCACCUCCAUGUCCACCCACAACCUCACCCACACUCCGCCGAGUUACAAGGAGGAGCAGACGGACGUGGACGCGGGCGAGCGGGCGGGCGGCGUGGGCGGCGGGGCGGGCGAGGGGCGCGGCGUGCCCCCCCUGCAGAACGGCAGCGUGGCCACGUCGCGGAAGAACAGCGUGGGCUCCUCCUCGCGCAACGGCGGCCUCCUCGUGCGCCACGGCAACGGCUCCCCGAACGGCGGCGUCCUCGCGCACAACGGCGGCCUCCCGCAGCACGGCGCCGACGCCCCCGCCACGCCCGCGACCGGCAGCCCCCUCCCGCAGAACGGGCGCGUCCCCGCCCACGGGGGGAAGGCGCCCACGCCCAACCCCCCCACCAACCCCGAGGUCUGCUCCCUCGCCUCCAGCACCUACGACGCGCAGCCGCCCAUGCACCAGCCGCAGCAACAACAGCAACAACAACAGCAGCCGCAGCGCAGGAACUCGGGGUCGUCCUCGUACCCGGCCGACGACCAGAUCUCCCUGGCGUCGUACCACAGCAACCACUCCCGCACCUACUCCCAGGGCUACGUCCGUCCACUCCCGCCCACCGGAUGCCCGCACCACCCGCCCCGCCCACAGCCCCAGUACCACGCCCACCCGUACCAGCAGAGCCAGGCGGACCAGCAGCAGCAGGCGAUGCAGGGCUCCUCGCCGUACUCGAGCCUCAACCCCUCCACCCUGUACAGCCUCAGCGCUGACUACUACGACGCCCGCUGCAGCCAGGCGCCCUUCUCGCCAGGUCCCCCGAUGGGCUACGCGACGCUGGGGCCGCGCAGCCGCCGCACGUCGCCCUCGCAGUUCGCGACGUUGCAGCGGCCGCGCCCCUCGCGCUCGCUGUCGCAGUCCAGCGCCCACUCGCAGCCCCUGCCGCCGCAGCCGCCGCCCCCCGGCUGCCAGGCGCAGUGCUGCCAGGGGGCGCUGCUCCUCCACGACGGCGAAUGCGAGCGCCACGGCCUCUGCCGCAGCGCCUCCGAGGACGGCCGCGACACGCAGCCGCGCCGCAGCAGCUUCCACGGCCCCGUCAGGCGCGAGUCACCGCACCACUACGACGCGGCGGCGCUGCACCCCCUCGCCCGCCCCGCGCCCGCGCCCGCGCUCGCCUCGCAGCACGCCCGCGCCGCCCACCACCAGGACAACGGCUUCAGCGGCGCCAAACUCCUCCAGCAGGAGGCGCAGCGGCCCUCGGCCGGCGCCGCCACCAACCCGUCGUCGCGGUGCCCGAGUCGCUCCGCUAGCUGCUCGUCGCACACCAACCUGAGCGCCGACGCGGCCUCCGCCGACGACGCCCAGACGCCCUCCUCGCGGGGCAGCCCCGCCCACAGGGACGCCCACUCCGCGGCGGCCGAGGCGAACGGCGCGGGCGUGAGUCGGCCUCGCUUCCCGCACGACUACGUGCGCCAGGGCUCGAGCAAGGCCAAGGCGUCGGGGCGGCGCGAGGGCGGCGGCGCGGGCGGGGGCGAGCGGAAGCAGAGGCUAAGGAUUAGGCUAAGAAUCAAAGACGUAAUCGUCCGAAAGUCACGUGGCUCCGGGGCGCCCCCUUUGCCCGCCCCGAGGCGCCCUCCGCUUCGCCCGCCGAAGCGCUGCAGUUCGCAUGUCACGAGUUGGCCGCAGAAACUGGGCGAGGGUCACCGUGACACGCCCUCCCCGGACGCACGCCCGCAUGGCUACCUCCGCUUACGAAACAAGUCUCCUAGAGGAGCUCAGACUCCCCUCGUUAUCUUGCCACGACCUCCCACGACCAGCGGCCGCCUCUCCCGCCACGACCUCCCACGACCAGCGGGCGACACGAAUGCCGAGAGGCGGAGCAAUCGAAAUGACCACAAAGCCUCAAGCAUAAGGUCUGGGGAUGUGUAUAUAUACACCUGGAAGCCCGAGACCCUGGAAGCCUUAAAGCCUGGAAACCUCAAAGCCUGGAAGCUUCAAAGCUUGGAAGCCUGGAAGUCCCCUGCACCCUAA